GAGAGAGAGAGAGAGAAGUGGGCUCCUCAUGUCUUCCAGUUCCAGGCUGCUCUCCUCUGUCCGCGCUGAUGGAGGGAGGCUGAGCUGAAGGCUGGAGAGCUGGAGAGAUGGAGGGAUGUACCGAUGGAGGGAUGAAGUGACACGGCGUUAACCGUCCUCUGUCUUCGUUUCCGCUCUUUUUCUCACUUGUUCCGCUCCGCGUCCCGCAGCUGCUUCAUGACCAAAGACUCCGUAGCGGAGUUGAUCUGCCAAAGAAGCGAGUCGAUUUCCUUCCGUUUCAGUUCCUCUCGUACUUCAGAUGAUGGCUGAUUUUAGAGCACGCUCCAUUUGAAGGAGACACACCUGUCCUGAGGAUCCUGUGUUGGAGUCAGCAUGGCAACUGGAGUGGCAGCAUGGCUCCCUUUUGCCCGGGCAGCUGCCAUCGGCUGGAUGCCAGUGGCAAAUUGCCCCAUGCCCCCUGCCCCCAGGGAGCACAGCAAGAAGCAGGACGAGCUCAUCAUUCUGAACGUCAGCGGGCGCCGCUUUCAAACCUGGAGGACCACACUGGACCGUUACCCGGACACCCUGCUCGGCAGCACCGAGAAAGAAUUCUUUUACAACGAGGAAACAAAAGAGUACUUCUUCGACCGGGAUCCGGAUGCAUUCCGCAGCGUCCUCAACUUUUACCGCACGGGCAAGCUGCACUACCCGAGGUACGAGUGCAUCUCGGCCUUCGACGAGGAGCUGGCUUUCUUCGGCAUCAUCCCGGAAAUCAUCGGCGACUGCUGCUACGAAGAAUACAAAGAUCGCAAGCGGGAGAAUGCGGAGCGCCUCAUGGAUGACCAGGAGGAGAACAAAGACAGCAAAUUGCCCAACAUGAACUUCCGGGAGACCAUGUGGAGGGCCUUCGAGAACCCCCACACAAGCACCAUGGCCCUGGUGUUCUACUACGUGACUGGCUUCUUCAUCGCGGUUUCCGUCAUCACCAACGUGGUUGAGACAGUUCCUUGUGGUUCCACGCCCAACCAGAAGGACGUGCCCUGCGGAGAACGUUACACCGUAGCCUUCUUCUGCAUGGACACUGCCUGCGUCAUGAUCUUCACUGUGGAGUAUCUCCUGCGGCUGUUCGCGGCGCCCAGCCGCUACCGCUUCAUGCGGAGCGUGAUGAGCAUCAUCGAUGUGGUGGCCAUCCUGCCCUACUACAUCGGCCUGGUCAUGACCAACAACGAGGACGUGAGCGGCGCCUUCGUCACCUUGCGCGUCUUCCGCGUUUUCCGCAUCUUCAAAUUCUCGCGCCACUCGCAAGGCCUUCGCAUCCUGGGAUACACGCUGAAGAGCUGUGCUUCGGAGCUGGGCUUCCUCCUCUUUUCCCUCACAAUGGCCAUCAUCAUCUUUGCUACAGUCAUGUUCUACGCGGAGAAGGGGUCGAGCUCUAGCAAGUUCACUAGCAUUCCUGCCUCUUUCUGGUACACCAUUGUUACAAUGACCACGCUGGGUUAUGGAGACAUGGUGCCUAAGACGAUCGCGGGGAAGAUUUUCGGCUCCAUCUGCUCCCUGAGCGGGGUGCUGGUAAUAGCCUUGCCUGUGCCUGUCAUCGUGUCCAACUUUAGCCGAAUCUAUCACCAGAACCAGAGAGCAGACAAGCGGCGUGCUCAGAAGGUACAGAAAGCCCGCCUGGCCCGGAUAAGAAUAGCCAAGAAGGGCAGCUCCAACGCCUACCUGCAGAGCAAACGCAACGGCCUCCUGAACGAGCUUCUGGAUCUGACGGGUUCAGAGGAGGAGGAGCAGCACAUGAACAAAACCUCAUCGCUGUUGGAGAGCCAACACCACCACCUACUGCACUGUCUGGAGAAAACUACUGCUCACGAAUUUGUGGAUGAGCAGCUGUUCGAGCAGAACUGCGUAGAGGGGGCACAGUUUUCUCGCAGCCCAUCUCUGUCCAGUCAGGAGGGCUUCACAGGCACCUGCUGCACCCGCCGCUCCCGCAAAAGGAUCCCUCUGCCCAACGCCAGCCUGUCCACCACACACACGCACACACACACGCAGGGCCUGCAGGAGCUCAGCGCCAUUCACAUCCAGUGUGGAGAUCAGCCCAGCCUCAGCACAAGCAGUCGCUCCAGUCUCAACAUGAAGUCCAGCGAGAGGAGCCGGAUUAACUGCAGGGGGCAGCAGAUUACCACAGCUGUCAUUAGCCUGCCAUCACCCACCAACUUCCCACCGGACGGAGACGGCCACGGUCCGGCUAACCCCAUCCCUGCCCCACCCACCAUCAACACCACCACCAGCUCUAACAUCGUCAAGGUGUCAGCCCUGUGACCCGCCCGCUCCCCGCCCACAACCAAUCCCCUACCACCACGAGAAGGAAGGACCGUGGAAGAGCCAGCAGAGCCCUGAGCCUGUAGCUGAACAUGUCUGGUGGACAUUGUGGAAUAAAAACAUGGACAGAACAUUGAAGCUGCAGCCUCUGACUGAUGCCUGGACCUGGAAGAAAAUGGCUGGAUUUCAGCCUGUGUGAUUCAGAGGCUUCCAGACAUUGUUGUUCUUCAGAUUUAAUAGACGUUGGCCGGUGGAUGUUCAUGCAGAUGUUUUGGGACUGAAGGAUAAGGAUCGCUGUUUAAAGGCGAGGAGGCUGAAGGCGAUUAGUGUAAAAUGUUUUGUUUCAGUUCGGUCAUCCGUCAUCGAUCAUGAUAGGCGCACAGUACAUAAUGGAAAUCAACGUGGUUCAAUAUUGUGUGAUAUUCACAAGUCCCAGUGGAAUCUGUCAGAAGUAUGGUAAUGUAAACAGUACAUUUGGGCAAGAUUAUAUUGUUCUUUAAUACACUGCAGGCAAACAUAACUUUGCAGAGAGAGGCCAGCCGUUCAAAAUUAGUCUAGAAGGGUGUUUGAGUUUUAUUACUGCUUCUUUUGAGUAGAAAUAUGUGCUCGAUGUUUCAAUACUGUUUUUAAUGUACCCUCAACAAAUUUGCCUUGCGGCUCCAAAGUGCAUAGCACCUGCGUUACAGAAGUGGCCGCAAGCAUGGUGCAAAAUACACUAGGACCCCCUAAUUAAAACGCUUGGACCCCCUGAUUGUCUCAAAAUCUAAAUUCUGGGAGGGUCCCUGAAAAUAAACCUGUUACGACAUUAUGCUGUGCGUUAAGGAAAAAUAGAUGCUCAAAUAUAAAUUCAUGGAAAGAUCAUUGUUUAUCUGCUUCACCCACAAUCGGCUUCUGUCUUUGGCAUUUUAAACUAACUAGAGAUGCAGCACUGGUCUGCCUCAGGGUGGUGCUGUAGCAAAGUAUUCCACCCAGUUGGUUCUUCAUAGCAUUUACAUUGUAUUUAUGGCAUUUGGCAGACGCUCUUAUCCAGAGCGACUUACAG